AUGUCUGAAACACCGGCAGCCAGCGGCUCUCUGGAAGACCGCAUCUCCAAACCCGAAUCCACUUCGUGGGCAGAUGAAGUAGCCUCUCCCGCAACCGAGAAUCCACCACCCAUUGCAAACGUGGAAGCGAAAGAGUCGGAAUCAUCACCACAGAAUAAUGGACAGCUCGAUGGAGCUACCGAGCCUUUUGGGGGAUCGCAGUUGGAAGAGCCCGACUUCGAAGUCGAGGUCAAAUUGGCGGACAUGCAGGCAGAUCCUAACAACCCCCUCUACUCGGCCACGUCGUUUGAGCAGCUUGGGCUCAACGAAAACAUCCUUAAGGGCGUUGUGAGCAUGAACUUCCGAAAACCGUCCAAAGUCCAAGAGAAGACUCUUCCUCUCCUCCUGAUGAACCCUCCUCAGAAUCUGAUCGGUCAAUCUCAAUCUGGGACGGGCAAGACCGCCGCUUUCGUGCUGAACAUUCUACAUCGUCUCGAUCUGAGCAGCGAACAAAUGCGCAAGACUCCACAGGCCCUGGUGUUGGCUCCCAGCAGAGAGCUGGCCCGUCAGAUCGAAGGGGUCGUCAAAGUCAUGGGAGCGUUCGUGGAUGGACUGAUUGUGGCCGCCGCCAUUCCUCAAGAUGCGGCCAGCCGCUCGCGAAAAAUCGAAGCGUCAGUGAUCGUGGGAACCCCCGGCACGGUCAUGGACAUGAUUCGCAAGCGAUCCAUGGACGUCAGAUCAGUCAAGGUGUUGGUUCUCGACGAGGCCGACAACAUGCUCGAUCAACAAGGACUCGGUGACCAGUGCAUUCGUGUCAAGUCGUUGCUACCCAAAAACAUUCAAAUCGUCUUAUUCUCUGCCACUUUCCCCGACAAUGUCGUCCUCUAUGCCGAAACCUUUGCUCCCGGCGCCAAUCAGUUGACUCUCCAGCACAAUGACUUGACGGUCGAGGGUAUCAAACAGAUCUACCUGGACUGCGACAGUGACAAUGCCAAGUACGAAGUCUUGGUCAAAUUCUACGGUCUCAUGACGAUCGGCUCGUCCAUUAUCUUUGUCAAGACUCGAGAAACCGCCCACAACAUUGAGCGAAAAAUGACUGCCGAAGGCCACAAGGUCGUAUCAUUGACCGGGGGCAUUGAAGGGGCGCAGCGCGACGUCAUCAUCGACGCCUUCCGGAUGGGUCACGCAAAGGUUCUCAUCACAACCAACGUCCUCGCUCGUGGUAUCGACGUCCAAUCCGUGUCCAUGGUGGUCAACUACGAUGUUCCGGAUCGGUUUGUCGGCGGAGGUCGAUACGUGGCGGAUCCUCAAACAUAUCUUCACCGUAUCGGUCGGACUGGUCGAUUUGGGCGUGUGGGUGUGGCGGUGACGUUCAUCAGCAGCCGAGACGACUGGCAGAAGUUAAUGGAAAUCCAGAAAUACUUCAACACGCACAUGACCAAGGUCUCGACGGACGAUUGGGACGAGCUCGAGGAGCAGGUUUCGAGGAUUAUCAAGAGUUCAAGGGCAGGCUCGAAUUUUACGGAUGGUGCGAAUAUGGGCAUGCAUUCGUGA